AUGCCGCUUGUCAGCAGCAAUAGAUCCGAUUGCUUUGCGGACCUGGUUCAGAUAGUGUAUCGCCUUCCAGAGGAGGAUUAUGUUAAACUAGUCACACGCGAGUUCUCCAAGGAAUGCCAAGCAAAUGACACAACUUGUUCCACUAGACAAAAUUUAUUCAUUGAUCUUCUUUUUAAAGAAGGGCGUAAUAUCACACAAAAUUUGAUUAUCAGACACUUUUUAGAGAAGGAUAAUGCUUUGUUAGAAGCUGUGGAAAAACUCUGUCUUGGUCCAGAUCAUGCCAAUAUAGGUUUAAUUGCCAUGACAAAAACCCACAAACAUGCUUGUUUGGCACUUGGAACAUUGAUAAGAAUAUUUCGAAACAAUUCUGAGCACGACGAAAAAACUGACCAUCUACUGGAGUCCCUUCAGAACUGGUUGACUCCUCAUAAUCAAACAAGUUAUAAAGCAAUGUACAAUAAAAGAAGACCACGUCGCUCAGUGGACAAAUUUGAUGGUGAAGUCCAUAAUUACACGUACUCCAAAAUGGUGCUGAUCCACGCCUUAGGAAAUUCAGGACACGCCAGGGACCACCUCCUGACGUACAUGAGACCCGGGGAGGGGGACAACAGUUGGAGGAGGGCUGCUAUUAUAGGAAUGAGGCACUUCAACUGCACAGAGAGUUCUGUUGCUUUACUUGACCUGGCAGUAAACGACGAAUAUUCUUUAGUUCGACAAAACGCCAUGGAAUGUUUUGAGAAGCAUCCUUUAUCGAGAAGAAGUAUACCGCAGCAUCGAGAUAUCAUUUUAAGCCGAAAUUACUCAUACCAAACGUUGAUGAGAGUAAAAAGAGGCAUUCUUGAUAUAAGAUUCAAGGAUGGUUUCUUUUUUGCAAUGAAACUUCCAGGCAUACAUUGGACUAAAGAACUUGGAAAUGAUGCCCUAGGAGCCGGAAUUGGACUGAUUUUGACAAAUGAACUGGAAGUAGAAAUUAAACCACUCAGUGGAUACGCCUUAUUGAAUGUCUAUGAUGAUGCAUAUGCCAAAAUCAUGAUUGGUUGGUUUGAUAUAGAAAAGUAUCUCUUUCGCGCUCACGCCUGCUACAGGGGACAUGCUGCAUAUGAUAUUAACAUCCUUAAGGACUUUGGGAUCAAUGGGUUACAGGACUUAGCAACGAUAUUCGACAGAAUCGUAAAAACAGUGGUAGAUCCGAUAAAAAGCACUGUAAAGGCUUUCAAAGACAUUAUUCAAGUAUUUGACAAUGGCAUCCAAUACAUUGUCAACAAGAUUAUUAAGCUGGUCAAAAACUUUCCACUAAUUUUAGAAAGCAUCAUUCAAAAUGUCAUCAAAGCAGUUAUGAAGGUCAUUGAGUACGGAGGGGUUCCUUGGAUUGACCAAAUAAAGAAGAUAAUUAUCAAAGCCAGAUAUUUUGUUGAAGAUGUGAAGGAGGAUCUUACAGAGUUUUACAGUACUAUGGCUGAUACCGUCACUGUGACUUUGCCCUUUGUUGCAAAGAAAUUGAUUGAUUCUGUUCCAACAAUAAUUUCAGCACUGAAACAGUUUUUGGCAAAUCCAGUUCAAUCAAUAACUGCAUUUGGAAAAUCUGUACUGGAUAUAAAGCUCGCGAUUGGAAUGUUUUUAGAUGUAAAAAACAAAAUAGUAGAGACCCUGGCUCUUCUGAAAGGUCGUGCGCCAUUUUGGGUUGACUACUGGGAAGAUUUUGAUGAGAUUUUAGGAGAUGUCAAAGACCUUUUCGGUCUUCUUUUUAAGAAGAAAGAAAGUCCAUCCACCGAAGAAUUCGAAGAUGAACUUUCCACUGCACUUACAGAUGGCAUAUCAAUGACGAGGGAGCAAACCAACAUAUUUUUAGAGGCUAUCCAGGAAUCUUUUGGGAAUAUAACAACUCAAUUUAAAGACACUUUGGGUGAAUUAGUUUCUCCGUUUUUCAAUACUUUCCACUCAGUAUUGAAUGCAGUCAAGGCGGUCAAAUCCGGAUAUACUUCAGUUAGAGAUAUAUUUAUAAAGACAAAGAAUAUCAUACAAAGGAUUUUUGGUUCCAAAUUCCAUAUUACAUUUCCAAAACGGCGAAGAGUUGAAGAUACUACCUGCGGAGUAGGGGUUUGGCCUACAAAUACGAAUGGGAUACAUCAGACACUGGGUGUUGAUGUUCGAAUUGGAUAUAACGCAGAAAUUCGUUGCCCUGUCAAUGGUGAAGUUUUUAAAGAAAACAAUAGAGUGCUAAUUUUGCCUACAGAUGAAGAUUUCAUCGAAUAUGAAAUAAUAAUAGAAAACAUUAUUCCGAAUCCAACAAUCCCAUCAAGUGGUCAGUUUUUGUCAGCGGGUAAAGAUAUCAUUGGAAAAGCUGACAAAUCCCCUUGUGAUUAUAAUUCUAUCCAUGUAUCUGUUCGAAAAAAGUCUACGACACCAAUGUCCGAUUCUGACUAUGAAUACAUUGACCCAUCUCCAUUCUUGGAUCAUCUGCUGCCCUAUCCAGAAUGGAUCUGGGAAUGUAAAGAUUACACGUAUAUCAAUUUCCUCAGUGUUGUUUCGGCUGAUGCAGUUAGGGAAACACUUGACAAAUUGGACGAUGAAAUCCAUAGAAAUUUUGAAAUCGAUAAAGACCUUGGGAACGAAUUUCCUCCUGUGGAACCAAAUCAUCGCCCCCCAGAUUUCGAAGUGGCUUCCCCUAAUGAUUCAGUAGCUGUUGGUGCCUGGAAUAAGUUCAAAGAAGAUUUCAAGGGUUUAGCGUCAAACUUCAAGGAUAUCGCCAAACAGCUGUUUGAUUUCUCAAGUAACAGGACUGGUCCGAAUCUUCUUGAUCUGGUGGAUGUAAAUUCCUAUACUCUUGGGAGAAUUAAAGAAAUACUCGGAGAUAAAGUUGGAAAUGAAAUGGAAAUCGUUUAUAGUAAACUUUUGCAGCUUAGAACGUCCAUUUUUGCUCAAAACCUGGAUGGUUUAUCAAUGUCAAAACUAAGAAGUUUACUAAAAGCAUCGUUUAACACAGUGUCUGGAUCAAGAUCAAACAUGGUGUCAAAAGUUCUUUCAAGAACUGAAAAUGAAUGCCCGAUGUUUCUCAAUAGACUUCAAAAAGGCCCUGGAAAUGUCUGUUUUGUGCAUCGAAGUUGCAAUGAAAUUUCCUGUGCAGUUUUAUUUUCCUAUGGCAAUCACAGACUAAUGGUAACUACUGAUGUUAAAAUGGAUGGAUGUUCAAAACAAGUCAAUGUAACGGCACAUUCAACUUCGGUCCUUAUAGAAUUUAAAGAUGGUGUCGAAAUAGAAGAGAGGGUUCCCUUGGUAAACGUUUCAAGGUUAAUGUCUGCCAACCUGGUUGUUUCUAUUACAUUUGACUCGUCAACGGCAGUUAUAUCCCUCAGUGCCGAACUCUGUGUAUCUGAUUUUAUUUCCUGUUUACAAGCUGUUCCAUUGUUGUUGAACUACGAAGUUGAUUUGACAUGUUCUUUAGGAAAUGGAAAUAACCCCAUACUGCCGACGAUGGAUAGUGUUACUGUUCAGGAUUUCAUAGCAGAGCUAUCGGAAAAUCACUUACUUGAUAAAGAAAUUCUAAAAAUUAUUGACGCCAUCAGGGAAGCAAUGAUAGAGGAGUUAAUUAGUGAUCCGAGAACACUUCUGAAAGUAAUGGGCAAGGAGUUCCAAAAUAAGGUAGACUUCUGCGCAGAUGUUGAUAUACCUUUUCCGACGAAAGAUUUCGUGCUCAUCGAUAAGAAAAUAGGUCCCUUUAUGAUUGGUCCAAUUGCACUGUAUUUCGAAUUAGGAGCUGGGGCGUCCGUUGGCCUGAGAAUACAAGUCGGUCUCUGUAUACUUAGUUUCAAAGCAAGA